AUGAAACUGGUCUUGACAAAGAAGCCAAUCCUUGAGGGAGGAGAACAAAUAGAGGACGUCAAGGCUGGAGCAGCGGAGGGUGCAGAGGAUGCUGAGUUGGAUUCAUUAAAAGGGGAGAUGUCGACAGGUGCUUUUGACAUCAGCGUUGCAUUCCUGAAUGCAGUGUUAGAGCCAGGCGACGGAUGUCUUGAUUCCGGGCAUGGGAAAGAGAGAGAAAGAAGCGAAAGACUGGACAAUGCGAUGAUUGCGAAGGCUCCGGGUGACUCGUAUGGUGACCUUCAUCUUAAGCUUCACAGUUUGGUACUGGGAUUGUGGAGCUUCUACGAUGGGAGUGAGAUUGUGGGAAUGACGACUAUGUUCGUUGAUGAUGGCCUCACCAUUGGCCCACCGGAAGUGGUCAUGCGAGUCAUGGAGUACGUCCGCAAGAUAUGGAAACCGCUCAAGACGAUCAUUGAAAAGCUGGAAGGGGCACAGUAUGAGAUUCGGAUGCUGGUCGAUAACCUCAGCUCUGUGACCUUGCUGAACAAGCCUACAUGGAACCACCUCGGUUGGCGCACACGGCAUUUUGCCAUCAGAGCGUCCUGGAUCCGAGACCAACUCCGUGAUGAAAGGGGUGACACGCACAAGCUUCGAAGAGAGCUUGGCUUCACGGCUGCCGCCCGUAUUUGCCGGGAACCCGGAGCCACUGUUGCGCUCAACGUCCGCCGCAUCGAGGGCAUUGCUAAUGGACUUGCGCUCUGGGGGAGGAGCGCAGAAGCUGUUACCUUCCUCCGGCUCUUUGCCCGUUGCCGAGCCCGGUCCGCUCCCCCACCCCUGCAAAGUGCCUGCGUCUCUGCCUACGUGCUGCGGUGGUCCGCCCUGCUCGCAUGUGCCGCUGCCCGUGCCUUCGCGAGCAGCCUCCUCUCCCUACCGCUUUCCGGUGCAGCCAAUGUCGACGGAGAUCCCCCCCUCCUCAGCGACCUUCUCGCCGAACCAUCGGAAGGCGAGUCUAACCUCUUGGACUUGGACUCUGUCAGUUUGAACACCUUGGCAGGUAUACUGGACUGGAGAUUUUCAAUCGCCUGUGUAUCCCGAAUGCGCUACCUCGGCCUUGUGCCGGAUGCGGUGUCUUGGACUUCUGCGACAGCUGCAGCUGCUCGCAGCAGGGGGUGGUGCCGGGCGACUACCAUCGCCACAGCUGGGGCCCAACAUAUCGAGGCCAAGACCGGUUCUGCUCCUUACGCCGCUGCAUCCAUUCCUGGAUUUGUGCGUCAUGGGCGCUGGGAGGAUGCUGUGCUGAUUGCGGACGAGAUGUGUCGUGAAGGUGACGACGUGAGCGAUGCCGUGGUGAACGGUGCCAUAAGCGCGUGUGCUGACGCGCGCCGCUGGAAUGCGGCAUUGGGCUUGGCUACUCGUUCAACUUCUCGACAACUUCAACCAUCGCUCAUAACCGUCAACACUGUGCUGAGUUCUUGCGGUGGUUCUUCCGUGUGGGACGGUGCUGUCGGAUGGUUACACAUGGCCCGAUGUACGGCCACCCUUAGUACUAGUUGGGAUGUUUUCACGUACAGUGCGUGGAUCUCAAGCUACACCGCGGCUGCUCUUUGGCAGGCCGCACUUCGCACCUUGGCCCUGGCUCGCCAUGCCGCUGCUGUCUCAGUUGCCAGCCAAACUGCCGGUCUGGCGGCUCUUGGGUGUGCGCGGCAGUGGAGGCGCAUGCUUGGCCUUCUUGCGGCGAGCGAGAUGCAGCCGGCGGCCAGCAUGGCGCCAGAAUGCGUGAACGCUGCUCUUCAAGGAUGCUUCGACAGCCGGAGGUGGCCUGUGUCUCUCGACUUACUCACAGUUUCGCAGAUGCUGCGCAUCGACAUCGAUCAGACUGGCUUAGCUUGUUUGAUCCGUACUUGCGGAGGUGCUUUGCUGUGGGUUGCGGCGAUGGACUUGCUGGAGGCUGGCGGCCCAUGGCCCCCAGCUGCUGGGGAUCAGACCUGGAAUGCGAACUGCUGGGCGGAUGAGUCGGCUUCAACUCCGGUGCAGCUACCAAGAGACUGGCCCAUCCUGGCCGGAGGCCAACGAUGA